AUGGCUCCGCGAUCGACAGAAGAGCGAUCCCGAAUGGACGGCUACAUGAAAGUGUUCACAGCCGUUGCGGCUUACUGGUACUUUUUCAUUUUUAAUAAAACCCAUUUUUUAAGGAUCUUCUCCAUCGGGCUUGUGUUCAUCAACAAAUACCUGCUAUCCAGUGAUGAGCUCAAGGUUUUUUUUUUGAAUUUUAUUUGAAGAAAUAACGAGAAUUUAACAAUCGGAAGAGCUCAAGAAAGUACUCGAAUUUCAAAUUUGAAACAAAUAUUGGAAUAGCACUGAGAUUAUUAUUUUUUUUGAACAUGGACAAUAUAAAAGAAAACGACUAGGAGGUUUUUGAAAUGACCUGCAAGCUACUUUUUUUACAAUGAUAAUUUUAAAGUUAUAGCUCGACGCUCCACUUUUUGUUACCUGGUACCAAUGCCUCGUGACUGUUUUUCUCUGUUUGGGGCUCAGUUUUUUGUCUCAAACUUUUCCCAAAGCUAUUUCGUUCCCGCAGAUGUCCUUCGACCAGAAGAUCAGCCGAGAGGUUAGUUCGAGACUUUUUUGUAAUAAAAGUUCGUCCAUACAUACAUACAUACUUGAGCAAUUUGUUUUUGAUUAGUUUCUGAAUAGCAAAUGUUUGUUGACGCAAAAUUUUUUUAGCAAAACGUCCUACCGGCCCAAUAAAAGCAAAAAUUUUUCAAAAAAAUUAGAAAAAAAUAAAUUCGGAGGCUGACUAAAAAGAAAAUCGAUGUUAAAUAACAACAAAUUGCAAGAAUACAACAAUACUUCACACUAAGUUUUUUUUUCAAACAGUUUUCUCACUAAAGUAUCUCGUUUUCAGGUUCUUCCUCUGUCAAUUAUGUUCGUUGGAAUGAUUUCCUUCAACAAUUUAUGUUUGAAGUACGUCGGCGUCUCGUUCUAUUACGUUGGCCGAAGUUUGACAACCGUUUUCAACGUCGUAAGUUUUUUUUUGGGAUUCAUUUUUUGAGAUUUUCUAAGAAGAACAUGCAAAAAACUUCUUAAGGUUUGCACUUACCUGAUUCUCGGAGAGAAGACUUCUGGUCAAGCGAUUGCUUGUUGCUUCUUGAUUAUUGCUGGGUUCUUUAUGGGGGUCGAUCAAGAAGAUGCGACAGGUUGGCUUUUGUUCACAAGUUAUAUAACUUCACAUCAAAUAGCUAGAAACAAAAAAGUUUUCUUUUUUCGCGGUAGGUUUUCAGAGGAUAUUCUAGAGCAAUUUUUAAGGUUUCAAAAUAACUAAAAAUCUAAGAAGUUUAAUUCGUUUAUUUCAAAAUGAACGAAACACCUGGAAGUUAACAAAAAUAUGCACCUGGCGAAAUUAUUCGCAAAGUUGAGCACCACCUCAGUUAAUAUUGAAGCAUCCGAAAUUUGAAUUUUUCAUACAAUUUUUUUCAAAGAUUUUUUUAGUUCAAAUAAAGAAGUUAUGAUGUUUUCGAACUGUCAACCUUGUUUAUAUAUUUUUUUCAGAGCUCAUUUUUCAGAAAAAAAUGAAAAAUCUUAGGAUCUCUGUCGAUUUCUGGCGUCGUUUAUGGCGUUCUGGCCUCCCUCUGCGUUGCUCUCAACGCAAUUUACACCAAGAGGUUUCUUUCAAAUUGUUCAACAAGUUUUUUAUUGAAUUUUCCACCGUUUUCAGAGUGCUUCCAUCAGUGGGCGAUAAUUUGUGGCGGUUGACCAUGUACAACAAUCUGAACGCCUUGUUUCUUUUCCUGCCGCUGAUGCUGUUCAGUGGCGAAUUUGGUGAAGUGAUCUACUUCCCGAAACUGUUCGACAUCGUCUUUUGGACAGUCAUGACCAUUUCUGGAGUCUUCGGCUUCAUGAUGGGAUACGUAACUGGAUGGCAAAUUCAGGUCGGACCAAAUUUUGGGGCUGAAAAAAAAAUGAAUUCUUCUCGGAGUUGCCUGGUUCUACAGGCUUUGUUAGAGUCCCUUUCUUUUCAAUUUUUGUAAAAUGCGUUGAAAACGGGCAUUUUUGAAAGAUCUACCAACUUUUGCUAAGUUGCUCUCUCAAACUUUCAGUAAUUUUUUGUGUUAGUCAGCCGUUUCAGUCAUUCAUAGACGCUAGAAAGUCUCAAUUUCAUCCCAUAAUAUGUAGCGUACGCAUUCCGAGAGUGCACUCGAUAAAAGAAGUUGAUUGAUUUUCAGUUCUUACUAUUUCAAGGUACUCAAUAGUACAUCUCAGCAAAGUUUCCCUACUUUAUAUUGUGCUUUCAUGACUACAUUUUUUUUUUGAAAAAAGUUCGAAAUUCUCUUCUUGUUCUCUUCAUUCAUCGGCAAAAAAAACAUGUUGAAGUCGAAAAGCUUUGAACUGUGUUGAGCUUUUAAUUUUGGGUUUGAAAAGAAAAAGCUUUCAGGUAGAAAGGCAAACGUGACCUAAUACCCCUCGCUUCAUAAUAAUAAAGGAAAUGACAAAUUGGUUCAGGCAACAUCCCCUUUGACACACAACAUAUCCGGAACAGCCAAAGCUGCUGCUCAAACUGUGAUAGCAGUCGCCUACUGGUCCGAAGUCAAGACCCUUCUGUGGUUCUCAAUCCCUUUCUUUUCACACUUUUUUCAAUUUUCUUCAGGUGGAUCAGCAACGCAGUUGUGCUUUUUGGCUCGGCUGCCUACACAUAUGUCCAGAAAAAGGCGAUGGAUAAAAAGUCGAGCCUUUCGAAUAAGCCUCUGGAUCGCCGUCCUUUAAUGUCCACCAAAGUCGAAGAAGAAGAAGUAUAG